CGGCCGGGCAGCCCCGGCGGCCGCCGCCUCCUCGUUCCCGGCUUUGGCGCGGGGAAGGACCGCAGCUAGAGGGAGCUGCUCCGGACCGCGUCUGCCCGUGCGCCCCGGUUCUUUCACAGGCUCCCCCGCCCCUUCCCUCCCUCCUUCCCCCGUGAUGGCGGAGGACAGCGAGUCCGCGGCCAGCCAGCAGAGCCUGGAGCUGGAUGACCAGGACACCUGCGGCAUAGACGGCGACAAUGAGGAGGAGACCGAGCACGCCAAGGGAAGUCCUGGAGGGGAUUUGGGAGCGAAGAAGAAGAAAAAGAAGCAGAAGAGAAAAAAGGAGAAACCAAAUUCUGGAGGCACCAAAUCAGAUUCUGCAUCUGACUCCCAGGAGAUUAAAAUUCAACAACCUUCAAAAAAUCCAGCCAUUCCAAUGCAGAAGCUUCAAGACAUCCAGAGAGCAAUGGAGCUGCUCUCUGCAUGCCAAGGCCCAGCAAAGAAUAUUGAUGAGGCUACCAAACGUAAAUACCAGUUUUGGGAUACGCAGCCUGUACCUAAACUUAAUGAAGUUAUAACUUCACAUGGUGCAAUUGAACCAGAUAAGGACAAUGUCCGCCUAGAGCCAUAUUCUUUGCCACAGGGUUUUAUGUGGGACACAUUGGACCUUAGCAAUGCUGAAGUUCUGAAGGAGUUAUACACACUAUUAAAUGAGAAUUACGUAGAAGAUGAUGAUAAUAUGUUUAGGUUUGAUUAUUCACCUGAAUUUCUUCUGUGGGCAUUGCGUCCUCCGGGCUGGUUACCGCAAUGGCACUGCGGGGUUAGAGUGUCUUCAAACAAAAAACUGGUAGGAUUCAUAAGUGCCAUCCCUGCAAAUAUUCGUAUUUAUGACAGUGUGAAGAAAAUGGUAGAAAUCAAUUUUCUGUGUGUCCAUAAGAAACUGAGGUCUAAACGGGUGGCACCUGUAUUGAUUCGGGAAAUAACCAGAAGAGUAAACUUGGAAGGAAUUUUUCAGGCUGUUUACACUGCUGGAGUGGUACUUCCCAAACCUGUGGCCACUUGCAGGUAUUGGCAUCGAUCACUAAAUCCCAGAAAACUGGUGGAGGUGAAAUUUUCACAUUUAAGUAGAAACAUGACUCUACAAAGAACAAUGAAGCUCUACAGACUUCCUGAUGCCACAAAGACUUCAGGUUUGAGACCAAUGGAACAAAAAGAUACUAAAGCAGUACAAGAAUUAAUCAAUACUUACUUGAAACAGUUUAAUCUUGCUCCUGUGAUGGAUGAAGAAGAGGUGGCCCACUGGUUCCUGCCUCGGGAUCAUAUUAUUGACACUUAUGUGGUAGAGGGUUCAAAUGGUAUUUUAACAGACUUCCUCAGUUUCUACACAUUACCUUCAACAGUGAUGCAUCAUCCUGUUCAUAAAAGCCUCAAAGCUGCCUAUUCCUUUUACAAUAUUCAUACAGAGACUCCCCUGUUGGACUUAAUGAAUGAUGCACUUAUUAUAGCUAAAUUGAAAGGAUUUGAUGUGUUCAAUGCACUAGACUUAAUGGAAAACAAAACAUUCCUGGAAAAACUCAAGUUUGGGAUUGGAGAUGGAAAUUUGCAGUAUUACUUGUACAACUGGAGAUGUCCAGGCAUGGAAUCUGAAAAGGUUGGUCUUGUGUUACAAUGAGAAUGCUUAUGUUUCUAGAACUCUUGAGGUCAUCGUUUGAGUUAAUUUGAUCUCCAUAACUCUUGAAAUGGUGUUGUUCAAGAGGAGUAAAAGCACAACGUCAGUGAUACUGAAAUAGUCCAUUAAAUCUGAUCAGUGAAAACAUCCACGUGUGACCAAAUUUAUGCAUUUUCAGAUAGUUCAGACGGUUCAUGAAACUCUUCUAUUGUCCAUGAAAAGAAUAAAAAGCACAUUCAUUUAAGUUUCAAAGCUUAGCUUGCACCUGGAUGAGAAGAAAGUAUUUUUUUCCACUCUGUAGAAAAGACUGUUUUGUACAAACUGAACUUCAGUGGUGGAUUAGGGUACAAAAAUAUUUGCUAUUAUGUGGAUGAACUGCUGCAUUUCUAUUUAUUAAGUGGUGAUGUAAGUAUGUCAGUGUAACAGAAUGAAGGAUACAAACUGGAGUAUCUUUGCUUAUUUACUUAACAUGGAUAUCAUCAUUUGGGGGAAAAUCAUGAAGUAUGAUACCUUUGUAGCUCUAUGAAAGUCCUGGAUGUUUUUGUAACUGGAGCAGUAUGACAGUGUACUGGUUUAACUAGUGCAUUUGUUUCUCCAUAAGCAACGCUGCCAAAUCAAUAAAAAAUACAGAUUUGUACUUUGAUCUUCAAUAGAUCAGUGGAUUGAUUUAACAGUAUCGCACUGUUCAGUGCAGGUGUAACCUGUGUUGCCAGAAUGAGAAUACAUUACUGUACUUAAUUUACAGUUGUGGCACAAUACCUUAGUUUUUCCUCAGUAGAAUAACAUCAGCCUGUGUGUAAAACUAAGAAUUUUAGUAGUGCUAUCAGGAUAUUUAUAGUUUGAAUGUUUUCAACGCUUCUGCGAAAUUGCACAUAUUCCUUUGUCUACUUUUAUUUCCUAUGAAGUCUGUAAUUCUAAUGAAAAGUACCUUGUGUAAAUAUGUAUUCAUAAAUUGUUCCUGGUAGUGUUUUUAUCCUGACUUUGGAACAAGAAGUUUUGCUAUAUAUGUGGCUGGUAAGCAAAAGAGAAAUGCUCUGCCCUCCGUCCUUGGAAGUCUCUGUACUGCACUUCCUGAAAUGUAGGAGGGCUGAUCUUUGUUGUUGGGUGGAGCUGUUUUAAUUCCCUCAUGAAUGCUCAGCAAUGGGAGUGGCUUCUGAAGCACUUUAUAUGCAUUCCAGCAAAGCGUCAUAGCUAGAGAUGAUAGCAGUUCUUUCAGCUCAUGGAUGCUGCAGAAUCGUGAGCACUGAGAAAAUCUGUGUUAAGAAACUGUUCUAGCUGAAAGUGCCAAAUUGUGGUAGUGAAGCCUCUGUGCUGUGAGCAUCUUUUGAAUGUGACUUGAAUAUCUCAUGAAAUGCAAAUGUCUAACUUUCCUUUUAAACAUGCCUGUAAUUCUGACAGCAGAUUUUGCUGGAAGUUUAAUUCUGUACAUGAAGAUAAAUUUGUCUGUUCUUCAUAACUGUUAGCCCUACCCACUACCUUGUAGCAGUGGGGUUUUUCUUUCUUCCCGCUCCUUUUCCACUGUGUGAAUGGUUUGUGGUUUGGUUUAUUUUUCUUGUUGAAUUGUGGUGAGAGGAUUCUGCCCUAGAAACAGUGAUAAAUACUUUCCCUUACUGAUUAUAGCUGAUUAAAGCAUUCAACCUCCUUCAAACAAAGGAAGGGACUGAACGUGGUUUGUUUUACCCCUGGUUGUGCACCAGCUCAGGACCUCAUGAGUUUAAAAGGACUUAGGAGCGAUCUCAUGGUGCAGUUGGGCUUUACAUCUCUGGCCACUCUUGAUACCUCCCUACUAGUAGCAGUCAAAACAGGUGGUGCAGAGACAGCUUGGACUCUGAGGCCUGAGCAGAAUUAAGUGCCUGAAAACAUAAUUGAUAGUAGUGAUACCUGAAGUAACAAGAAGGAUUUAAUCUUGACCCCAGGAAAGACUUUUUUAAUUCCUAAAAGACAAGAUGUUGCCUCCUUGGCAGACAUUUUCAUAGAGCAUUCUGGGAUGAGGUUCACCAAGGAGCUCAAUGUGUUCUUCUUCAGCUCUUAAAGGCAGAGCCUCAGCAGUCCUCUCUCAGGGCUGCUUGAGGUGAGGUGGGACAGCAGGGCAUAGCUCUGUCCUCAUGGCUUAGAUACUUCCUUGCUGAGACAGCGCAGGUGAUCACAGCCCUGGUGAAGGAUAUGUUCAUGUUCUCUGCCUUCCUUCCCCUCAAAAAAUUGUGAGUGGAAGAAAUGUUAGGCAGAUGAUUUCUUUUUCUCCUCUGAAAUCAGAAGGCAGAUCCUCCCAAGUAUUGUCCUUUGUAAAACUGAGGCCAUGAUAGGACCAAGUACGUCCAGGUAGAAGACAGACUUGAACGUGGGUUUCCUGCAGCCUGGCUUUUGCCUAAAUCUUCAGGUUAGGGCACAUGAAGGAAGGAGCGUGGCCAGUCUUGUGCUCUCUUCUAGUAAAAUAGUGCCAUUUGCUUCUGAAUCCAGGGGAUAAACUUCUGUCUUGUCUGGCUCCCUCUGCAUGUUCACUAGGGGGCUGGAGGGCAGAGACAUGCUCCUGUAGAAGCUGUGCAGCACUGUAGGUGAGAGAGAAAAUCUAUCAGCCAGAGCAUGAGGGAAGCAGGCAUCUAAGCCUGAGUGUUGGGGCAGCUCUUGAAGAGUUCUGUUCAUGUUCAUUGUGUUAAGCAUGGCCUCUUCUGUUCCUGCUGAGUGCUCUCCACCUGUCGUGUUUUGCUGAAAUAUCACAGCAUCAACAGGACUUGAAUCUUGAAGGUAUUCCAGCUUGCACCCACAUAAUAAGACUCUGGAGGUGAAAAUUGUGGCAACUCACUUUGACUUCCUAAGCAGGUACUAAACAAAAGGUGAAUAUCUGUGUGGGGCCACUUCCAGGAGCUCAGUAGGAGAGACCCGUCUCUUGUUUCUAAGGUUGAGCCUGUGUGCAUUGGUCCUGCUAUGAAGGUAAGACUCCUCAGAACCUAACAGGUGUUUGCAAAGGAUUGGCAAAUAUAAAGCUUGCUCUACCAUCUUUCCCACCUGGCUUUUUAAACAUCUGUUAUUUCUUUCCCAAAGUAACUUCCUGUGUGCCGAGGGAACCCAAAUCCCUGAAGACAGAGAUAGACCUGGGCAGGCAGUGAAGUGCUUGAAAGAUGAUUGCUGUGCUUAUGCUUUUAACCAAAGCUAAUCCUUAUGCUAAAUGCUACAAUUCUUAUGCUAUGGUUAGCCAGCCUGGGAAUGAAACACACUAGUGCUAGCAUGCCUUCCAAGUUUUAUGCACUCAGAAAUCCAAAAAAAGGAUGUGUAUAAAGGACUAUGAAGCAAGGCAAAGAAAUCUCAGCUCUUUUUGCACCCUCAGACAUGGAAACAAUUUGUAGCAUUAAAUGCUGUGUUUAAACUUCAAGGAGCAUCAUGACUACAGAAUCACUGCUCAUUGCUACUGCCUGCCUUUGUAGUUGGUAUUAUGAACUAAAGUAAUCUCUAAAUAAAUUCAAAAUACAGAUGAGCUAUUGGAUGGCAGUGGAAAUCUGGAUUAGCAAAUCUCUGAAAAAUACAUGUAAAUUUUACCUUUUAAGGAACAACAAAAGUUACUCAAGGUAUUUUAUGCUUUCUUCUACAAGUAAAUUCCUAGGCUGUUGAUUGCCUGAAUUGCAGUGCUAUUUCCCUUCCUUCCUACAACCCAGCUCCCUCACUAGGAAAUUUUUCAUAGUCUCCAGUAAAAUUAAAGGGAACUCAGAAAUUACAUGAUACAUUUUCUGUCUUGUAGCAGUAACAGUUCUCAUCUACUUUACAUAAAACAGUAUAUGGCUUAUGUCAAUUUCCUGGGAAAUAAUUUUAGAUUUCAUUAAGAGAGCUAAUGGAGUUUAGGUUUACAUUUUCUCACAGGAUAUGUGUUAAUAGUUUGCAUAUGGAAGUAUUUUUUUUAAACUGCAGCAGUAGUCAUUUGGUUUUGUAUUUGGAAAUAGCUUUUCCUUCAGCAUGCCAUGCACCAGGUAUCAGGUGGAACCCAAGUCUGCGUACAUUUGUGAUCAAAACAAGUUGUUCAGCAGCAAAAAAUAAGUUGAAAAGGGAAGUCUGCCUGUGCUAUUUACUUGAACCCAGCUUUAAAAGAGUUUUAUUGGCAUGGAACUUUGUUUAAAUAAACUUUCACUUUUGGUAUUUAUUUGUUUGAGUAAUUAUACUUAAAUCGCUUUUGCUUAAAGCAUGUUAAUCUGUGUAAAAAGACAAAGUUCAUUUAAUGCUUUGUAUUCAUUCCAAAGAAGCAUAAAUUAUGUCUUAAAAUUACUUUGACAUGUUCAUUACCAGCUUUAACUCUGGUCUCCAGCUGCAAAUGAAAAUACUUACCCCCAGUAAAGACUAACACUCAA